ACCCGGAUCCGUACCCGCAUUGAGUGGAGUAGGAAAUGGUGACAACGUUCACCUUUAUCCAGACUUGCACCAAAAGUCAACGACUCGGUACGAGCUCGCCUCUUCUAAAGAGAACUUCCACAGUCCUACUAGCCAGGAUCCUAGUCCACAAGGACCCUCAGGCCUGUGGCUUUGUUGCCUUCGGCCGCCAUGUCGGAAUGCGAGUGUCACGGUGCCAGAGAAUUCCAUGCAGUCUGGGCGCGUGCAUGAGCGCACUCGUCGGACCGGUGGGGCGGUGGGUGUGGCCUGCACCCGCACCACGGAGAGAGCGCGCUCGGACGUGGGGACAAGUGAAGUCCUGCCGCUGCCCCGUGGAACAGGACGAGUUUUUUGGUGGGAUUGUGGACUUUCAGCCCCGGCACACGUUUGGAGUGAAGGCGGAAUGGAGGCCAACGGCUUGGCUGAGAAGAGCGGUUUGGAGAAUGAUCGGGAUCUGAACUUCCUGUUGAUCGGUGGGUUCCUGACUAAAGUGAGGUCGCGGUCCUGGCAGAAGAGUCGCUUGUACCGCCUGCAGGAGGACUGCAAGACCGUCUGGCACGAGUCUGAAAAGGUCGUCAACCGCAAACAGACUUUCUCCAUCGACGAGGUGGAGUCGGUGCGUCAUGGCCGCCAGUCAGAAGGUCUCAGCAAGCACACGGACCCCGCCGAGGAGGCUCGCUGCUUCUCCAUCGUCUUCAGGGGCAGGAAGAAGGUUCUGGACCUGAUGGCCAGCGACCCCCAGGAGGCGGAGCAGUGGGUCAAAGGUCUCAACAAGGUCAUCAGCAACGUGCGCGGCCUGAGCCGGCAGCAGAAGAGCGAGCACUGGAUCAUCAACUGCAUGCGCAAAGCUGACAAGAACGAGGACAACAAAAUGAACCUGAAGGAGCUGAAGCGCUUCCUGGGCCACAUCAACAUCGAAGUGGACAACGCCUACGCCGAGGAACUCUUCAAGAAAUGCGACCAUUCCAACUCGGGCACCUUGGAGGACGAGGAGAUCCGCCACUUCUACGAGCUGCUGACCGAGCGGGAGGAGAUCGAGGUCAUCUACGGCAAGUACGCCGGGACGGACGGGCAGAUGAGCGUCAAGGACCUGCUCAACUUCCUGCUGAACGAGGAGCGGGAGGCGGCCACCACGGUGGGCGCGCUGAGGCUCAUCGACAAAUACGAGGUGGACGAAACAGCCAAGCAGAGGAAGCACAUGAGCAAAGAUGGCUUCCUGAUGUACCUGCAGCAUGACGACUGCUCCAUCUUCAACCCCGCCCACAAGAAGGUGUACCAGGACAUGACGCAGCCGCUGCACCACUACUACAUCUCCUCCUCACACAACACCUACUUGACCAAGGACCAGCUCAAAGGACCCAGCAGCACUGAGGCCUACAUCAGAGCUCUGAUGAAGAGUUGCCGCUGUGUGGAGUUGGACUGCUGGGACGGCGCCAACGGAGAGCCCGUCGUCUUUCACGGCUACACGCUCACCUCCAAAAUCUCCUUCAGAGACGUCAUCAAAGCCAUCAAAGACUUCGCCUUUAAGACCUCGGAGUAUCCUGUCAUUCUGUCUUUGGAGAACCACUGCAGUCUGCCUCAGCAGAGACUCAUGGCCCAUCACAUGAUCUCCAUUUUGGGGGACGCCUUGGUCACCAGGCCCAUCGGGAGCAACUGGCCCACCACCUUCCCUUCACCUGAGGAGCUGAAGGGCAAGUUCCUGGUGAAAGGAAAGCGCCUCAACAACCCGGCCAUGGAGGAGGACACGGUGUCUGAGGAGGACGAGGCUGCGGAGGUGGAGAGCGAACAGGAAGCCAAACGAAAGGUAGGACCACGUUGUCCCCGUCGGGAAAAAGUCCACCAUGUAAAAAAAAGUAUGUCCCGCUUUCAGAAAUCCAAGAUCAAACUUGCCAAGGAACUUUCCGACAUGGUGGUCUACUGCAAGAGCGUCCACUUCAACGGCUUCGAACACGCCAGAGACAACCUGAAGUUCUACGAGAUGUCCUCCUUCAAGGAGAGCAAAGCCUUCAACCUGGCUAACAACUCAGCCUCCGCCUUCAUCCAUCACAACAUGGACAAGCUGAGCAGGAUCUACCCUGCAGGCUCCAGGACCGACUCCUCCAACUACAAUCCAGUCUCCAUGUGGAACGCUGGCUGUCAAAUAGUGGCCCUCAACUUCCAGACCCCCAAGAAGGAGAUGCACAUCAACCAGGGCCGCUUCUUACCCAAUGGGGCGUGCGGUUACAUCCUCAAAGAGGACUUCCUCAGGGACCCGUCCUCCGACUUUGACCCCAACGUGCUCUCCAGGGGGCCGUGGCUGACACCCAAGAUGCUGAAUGUCAUGGUGAUCUCAGCUCAGCAGCUACCGAAACUCAACGAGGAGAAGCAGAAGUCCAUCGUGGACCCCCUGGUGAGAGUGGAGGUCUACGGCGUGCCGGCGGACAACGCCAGCAAGCAGACGCACUACAUCGAGAACAACGGUUUCAACCCCGUGUGGAACGAGCGGUUCCAGUUCAGCGUCCUGGUUCCUGAGCUGGCCCUGGUGAGGUUCGUGGUGGAGGACCACGACACCACGUCACAGAACGAUCUGGUGGGACAUUUCUGCCUCCCACUCACAAGUCUGCAGAACGGUUAUCGCCACGUUCCGCUUCUCAACAAGAACGGUGACGCCAUCGCCGCGUCCGGGCUCUUCGUGCACGUCAUGCUCUUGGACGCCGAGUCGUGAAAAAAAGGUGCAAGUGAACACGUUUGUCACUUGUGUUACCAAACAAUGGCUGUUGCUAUGCAAACAAUACGGAAACCAAAAUGAACAAACGAGGAGUUGUUGUGUGGGCUGGAAAGGAAGACGAUGAAGAAAUGAUUUAAUUUAUGCUGACUUUUUAAUAACUGUCGUUAUUACGUCAACUGGCUAUGAAAGCAAAUAUUAAAUAUUGGAAGAACAACACAAAGAACAACACAAUUUUUUUUUCAUAAUAUUCUGUCAUUCAUAAUUAUUCGUAAUAACUUUAUUUUGACGCACAAUUUGACCGCCUCAAAUAAAAACAUGCCAACAA